AUGACUCCGGAGAGAGGUCAGAGGACGCGCAUCCACAGCGUGGACCCGCCCGGAGCUCUGUCCCUGCCGCCGCGUGGGGAGCGGAGCCGCCGGCGCGGUGCCUGGGGGGGCACGGUGCACGGUGGGCAUGGGGGGACGCACCUGCAGCCUGGCCUCGUGUCGCCGUUCAAGCGGGUCUUCCUCAAAGGAGAGAAGAGCCGAGACAAGAAGGCCCACGAGAAGGUGACGGAGCGGCGGCCCCUGCACACGGUGGUGCUCCGGGCAGUGCCGCUGGCUGACCCUCUCUCACGGCCUCUCCGUCUCGCUCAGUACUUAGGUCAGUUAACGUCCAUCCCAGGGUACCUGAACCUGUCCAGUCAGACUGAGAUCCUGCACUUCAUAGACAACGCCAAGAGAGCCCACCAGCUGCCUGGACACCUGACGCAGGAGCACGACGCGGUCAUCAGCCUGUCGGCCUACAACGUCAAGCUGGCCUGGCGGGACGGCGAGGACACCAUCCUCCGCGUGCCCAUCCAUGACAUCGCCGCUGUGUCCUACGUGCGGGACGACGCCUCGCACUUGGUUGUUGACUUCUCAGCCCAGGACCCCGGCAUCUCCCCGAGCCAGAGUCUGUGUGCGGAAAGUUCCAGAGGCCUCGCCACAGGCUCUCUGUCUGAGAGUGGAGUGGGGCCUAUGGAGGCCUGCUGCCUGGUGAUCCUGGCCACGGAGAGCAAGGUGAGCCCGCUGGGACCCGCCCACCCCUCACACCUGACCCAGGCCUCCCCCCCAGCUGGCCCCGCCCACCCUGGCUCAGGCCCCAGGUCACAUGAGUGGUGCCUCCUGGGCUGUGCUGGGUGGUUCUCUUCCCCAGCAUCACCCCCCCUCCCCUGUAUGAUGGGGGCUGGCUCCCUGUACCCCAAGCUGUGCCUUGAGGGAGGAUGCCUGGGAGUGGCCAGGAGGGGUGGUGCGGUGGGAGCCCCGCUGGCCGGGGGGGUGCCUUGCUCGGCCCCUCCUGUCCCUCCUCCACCUGGGGCUUCCCGGUGGGACGGCAGGGUCAGCUGCGGUGUGCCCGCAGGUCUGCGGCCCUUCAUCCCCGAGAAGGACAGCCAGCACUUCGAGAACUUCCUGGAGACCAUCGGGGUGAAGGACGGCCGCGGCAUCAUCACCGACAGCUUCGGGCGGUACCGGCGGGCCGUCAGCUCCGCCUCCACCUCCACCUCCAACGGGAACAGAGUGGCUGGCAGCUCCGACGACCAGUCUGUGCCCUCGGAGGGGGACGAGUGGGACCGCAUGAUCUCGGACAUCAGCAACGACAUCGAGGCGCUGGGCUGCAGCCUGGACCCUGACUUGGCCUAACACCCGGCCGUGGCUGCCUCCCCGCCCAGGGCCGGGCCAGGCCUCCUACUGUGAAGGAGACGGGCAGAGGCUGCUGAGCGCCCGCCCGCGGAGCCCGGACAGCGGUAGUUUUGCACAUGACGUUCCUAUCGAAACUCGGAGACCUUAAAGAAAUGGCUGCAAUGUGAAUACUUUA